AGGAAAUUUGAACAAAAUUACUAUAAAUGUAAGUAAACGAGAUGAGUGUAGGAGAAGUAUGAGAAGUGAAGAAGCAUACGAGUGAAAAUGGUGGGUGUAGGAUUAGGUGUAACAGCAGCAAUGAUUGCAACUCAGUUCUUGGAAGUGGGUCUCAACACUCUGAUCAAAGAAGCAAACACCAAUGGAAUGAGUAAUUUUGUCUUCAUUGUCUAUUCAAACUUUUUCGCUCUCUUCAUCCUCUUACCAUCAACCUUCUUCUACCACAGGAAGACACCUCCUCCUCCAAUCCCAACAUCAAUUCUCUGUAAAAUGUUUACUAUUAGCUGCCUCAGCACUGUAGUGCAGACGUUGAUGUACACCGGAAUCUCAUACAGCUCUCCUACACUGUGUUCUGCUAUGGUUGACCUUGUUCCUGCUUUUACCUUCAUAUUUGCCCUUAUUUCAAGGAUGGAAAAUCUGAAUCUGAAACAGCAAAGCUGCCAGGCAAAAGUUUUUGGUACAGUGGUCUCCAUUGCAGGGGCAUUCAUAGUCACUCUAUAUAAAGGAACGCCAUUGAAUUUCAAUUCGUUGAGAAACGUUAUCUUUGGUGAAAAUGGAACUUACCUUUCAAAGCAAUCAGAUUGGAUCGUUGGUGGUUUUCUUCUUGCAAUUGCCAGUCUCUGCAUUUCAGUUUUGCUUAUUGUUCAGACUUCGGCUGUGAAGGAAUAUCCUGAAGAGUUAGUGAUAACAACCAUUUGUUGCAGCAUGGUGGUCAUCCUCUCUGCCAUAGUUGCUGUCUUUGCAGAGGGAAAUCCUAAAGCUUGGAUACUGACAUCUCAGAGAGAGUUCAUAGCUGUAUUUUAUUCAGCAAUAUUUGUUGUAUCAAUGAGAAGUGUUGUGUGCACAUGGGGAUGCCGAAAGAAGGGAGCAGUUUAUGUAGCAAUGUUUAACCCUUUGGGAAUGGUGAUUGCACUUGGUAUGGGGGUGAUAUUUCUGGGAGAGAGUCUUUACCUUGGAAGUGUGAUUGGAGCGGCGAUAAUAGGUAUUGGAUUUUAUUUGGUGCUGUGGGCACAUGCUGAAGACAGUAAUGUGGCAAAGGAGAAUAACGAGAACCGUGAUCUUGUGAGUUCCUCUGCAGCUCCUCUGUUGUCCACUAAAAGCAUCGAUGUACUGUGAUGAGGAAGAUACGACUCAACUGUUUAAAGAAUAGUAUUUAUGUCUCAUUUAGU